CUAGGACCUCCCCUCUUCUUGUGCUUCUGCACUUUUUGACAGUGUAAUUGCUGUUUCGCACUUUAAAAUUGACAAGAGUGAGUUCAGUUUCUCUCAUCGCACGAAAAUUUAUGGAACAUAUGAUCAGAUCUAUUCGAGGUUCCAGAAAUGUUGGAACUGGGAACAUUGAAGUUGAUAACUCGGAAAUGGAGGUGUUUUGCGGUUGUAUUGAUCGAAUGUUCUCAAAAGUUAAUGAGUUUGAGCAACGAGUAGAUGCAGUUGAAAGAUACUACGCAGAUAAUAAAGAACUAAAUACUGCUAAAUGUAGCUCAAUUCUGAAGGAUAAAAUCAAGAAGAAACAUUUGAUGACCGUUGAGAAGCAACAGCAAGAUUCUGAAAAGAUAACGCAAGACCUCAUGCGCCAGUUUGCAGUAAUAUUUCGCCAGAUCACUCAGCACAAGUGGGCAUGGCCUUUUCUGGAACCAGUGGAUGUUGAAGGUCUUUGUUUGCAUGAUUAUUAUGAGGUUAUUGAAAAGCCAAUGGACUUUAGUACAAUAAAGAAUAGAAUGGAGGCUAAGGAUGGCACUGGGUACAAGAAUGUUCGGGAGAUAUAUGCUGAUGUUAGACUUGUUUUUAAGAAUGCAAUGAAAUAUAAUGAUGAAAGAGAUGAUGUCCAUGUGAUGGCCAGAACUUUGUUAGAAAAAUUUGAAGAAAAAUGGCUGCAACUUCUGCCUAAAGUUGCCGAAGAGGAAAAAAGACAAGAAAAGGAGCAAACAGCAACUCUGGUGGCUACGAAACUAGCUGAGGAGGCUUCUUAUGCUAACAUGGCUCAGGAUUUAAGCAAUGAACUGCAUGGAGUUGAUAUGCAAUUGGAGAGAAUCAGAGAAAUGGUGGUUCGCAACAGCAGAAAGAUAUCCACGGAAGAGAAGAAGAAACUUGGGACAGCGCUCACUCAAUUAUCUCAUCAAGAUCUGAUUAGGGCACUGGAAAUAGUUGCUGAGCAUAAUCCGAGCUUCCAAGCAACAGCUCAAGAGGUGAACCUUGACAUGGAUACUCAGAGUGAUGUGACGUUAUGGAGAUUAAAGGUUUUUGUGCAAGAUGCACUAAAAGUUUCUGGCAGGAAUUCUGGGGGCACGGGUAUGGGGUGCAACAGCAAUAUUAACAAUGAUGAUAACAAGGCCAAGAUCAACAUCAACAACAAGAACAGGAAUUCCACUGCUUCCAAAAGGAAAGGAGAGAGGUGUGAUGCCGUGACCAAGGCAUCUGCCAAGAGGACGAAGAAGAUCUCACUUAAUUCCCUUAAUCCAUAGCCUACCAUUGCAGUUUAGGAUUUGUUCUGGCAGCAACCAUUUACUUUAUCGAUAGCUUUCGAUUACUUGGUUCCAUGGGGAAGUGUUAAAAUCAGGAAAUUUUCUGGAGAUGGGAAGAAAUGGUUGAUGUGAACAAUUGAGAAAAGCAUGGUGCGUAUUUGUGGCAGGUAUCACAUUCCAUGUGUCCUCUCGUGUGGAUGCACAUGCAUAAGUGAUAUGUGAAGAUUGAAGGUUUGGAGGUUCCUCUUAUCUGGCAAAUUAAUCACGUUGAGAGAUUUGUGAAGAUAUUCCUGUAUAUAUUGAAGGAAAGUGGCAAAUAGUGUAUAUUGGUUCUGUACAUAUUCUACUCUCUUGAAUUGCAAGAUAUAUGUUCUGUUGCUUCUGACAUCAGUUUAAAUGUUACGGAUGUAGUAGUCAGGGAUUUGUUUGUUCCUGUCUUUUAACACCAA